AUGUUAAAUAUACAAAAUGGUUUUGAUGCUCAAGCAUCAUCAAACCCUAUCAACCCGUAUGCUGUGGAUGUGAUCCGGGCAAAGAAAAAGUAUCUGGUCAAUGGGAUCUCACAUACUGAGGAUCUACUGGAUCUACUCGUCACAGAGGGGGUCAUGACAGUGGCUAAGAGAUCCAUCGUUCUGACCUUCAAGACUCGGAAAGAUCAGAACUCUAGGGUCCUGGAAAUCCUGGAGGCCGGAGGUGAGAGGGCAUGUAGGAAGUUUUUCCAUCCCUGUCUCAUGCUGGCAGAGCCUGACCUUUAUCAGCGAAUCAGAGCCUAUGUGGGGAGCGUGAACGAACAUAUUCGAGAUGCAAGGAGACAGCUGAUUGGCUAUUUGCUUGAGAAGGAAAAGGAGGGAAUGGUAGGAAUAGUCACACUGACUAAUAAGAAGAAGGCAGGUGGUUUAUUUGCCUCAGAGAAAUCUAAAAGAUUUAGCCCUGAGAUAGAAGACAGCAGUCCUGUGCCACUUGAAAAACUAGGGGAUAAGGCAGCACCACAUCAACCAGACAACUUAAUACACAUGAUCGCGACAGAUUGUGAUCUGGUCCUCCUGGAAGAGCUGUUAAAGGACACCGAUAUUAACACUUUUCAUUCUUCCAAUGAGACGCUAUUACAUGUAGCUGCUAAACACAGGCACCUUUCCAUCACUGAGAUCUUGAUCCGUAAAGGAGCCAGAUUGGACCUGCAGGAUAAUCAUGGUCACACGGCUCUUCACAGCGCAGCCAGCAGGGGUCAUAUUGAGAUAGUCAGAGCCCUGGUAAAGGCCGGGGCCCCCAUCCACUCUUUGGAUCUCUUUGAUAAAACCCCCAUUGACUUGGCAGCAGAGCAUGAGCAUGUGGAUGUUGUGAAGGUGCUGCUGAAGGAGGAGGCCAAGCAAACUGAGAGCCACACGCAGGACAUGAUUCUCCACAGGGCAGCCAUGCAAGACAACUGGAGGCUGGCUGAGCUGCUGCUGCAGAGUGGGGCCGCUGUCAAUGCCAGAAACAACCAUGAAAAAACACCUCUGUUUUAUACAGUUGCCAGGAGCAACGAGAAAACUACGACUGUGCUUCUGAAUGCAGGAGCAGAAGUUGACCACGAUGUUAUAAAUGAAGCCAUUGAACACAAACAGGAAUCAAUUCUACACCUGCUGCUGGCUAAUGCCAGAGGAGCUCUGAGUGAAGAAGAGCUGGGCUCUGCUCUCUUCUCCGCUGUUAGACAGAACCAGCAUGGAAUGGUGACCACUCUGAUUGACAGUGGAGCAAAUGUGAACUUGUGUGACACACAGGGAUACACUGCUCUCCUGUUGGCUGCUGAGCUGGGACACUUUGAAGUCUUCAGAGUGCUACUAGAAAAACAGGCCAAAAUGGAUGCUACUUUACGUGACCGCUCCUCAGCCUUGCACCUGGCUGUUCACAGUGGCAGUGUGCCCUUAGUUCAGACACUGCUGGAAAAGGGUUCAGACCCCAACAUUGCUGGACCUAAAGGCCAACAGGCUCUACACCUGGCAGCUCAGUCUGAUAGAUCAGACAUGGUGGGUCUGUUGAUAAAAGCUGGAGCACAGGUAAAUGCAGUAUCCCGGGACGGACUGACCGCUCUUCAUUUGGCUGGUCAGCAGGGCCAUGCAGACACAGUAAUCCAGCUUCUUCAGAAUAAGGCAGAUCCAGCAGUCAAAGAUAAACUGGGCAGGACCGCCCUGCACUGGGCAGCCUCUUCCCCUGUAGAGAGCAGGGUGGUGGACUUGAUUUCAGCCAAAACCAACCCAAGCACCACUGACAAUGAGAAGAAAACUGCCCUCCACCUGGCUGCCAUGGAGGGGAGGUUAAAUGCUGUUGUCUCACUGUUGCAACACAAGGCAAAGGGAGGUGCUAAAGACAUGGAUGGCUCCACACCUCUGCACUAUGCAGCAGCUGGCGGUCAUGCCAGUGUGGUUUCAACUCUUCUACAGUCGCUCAGCAACAAGGUGUUAGAGGAGAGAAAUGCAUGGAGGAAAACAGCGCUUCAUGCUGCAGCUGAGAAAGGCCACGACAGUGUGGCUGUGCUGCUGCUGCAGGCCGGGGCAAAGAUCAACGCUACAGAUUACAGCAGAGACACUCCUCUGCACUGUGCUGUCCGAGGUGGACACCAGGAGGCAGUGAAGGGGCUUAUAAACUGGGGCCAAGCUGCGCACAGCAGGGGGUGGAAGAAGGUGAAUCUGCAGGCUCAAAAUAAAGUGGGGAAGACUCCACUGCAGGUGGCAGAGAGUGGAGACACACCAGAACAUGAGAGCAUCACAACUUUACUCAAGAGAAAGAUGUUUCUUGUCAAGUAG